GGCGCCGCCGCCGUCGGGCCGCCGCGCCGAGCGCCGCAAACUUUUCGCCGCGCUCCGCUCCGCUCAUUCUUUUUCUUUUCUCCCCCCUCCCCGCUUCCCCCCGCCGCCUUUUGUUUCCGCAGCGAGUCGGCACACAAAGCUGGUGCCCGGCGCGAGCGGAGGCGAGGCAGCCUCAUGAGCGAGCCUGGGCAGCGCCAUGGACGUGACUAAGAUGGGCAGCAUACAGCUGCAGAACCCCUGCCACCCCACGGGGCUGCUGCACAAAGCCAACCAGAUGCGCCUGGCGGGGACGCUCUGCGACGUGGUCAUCAUGGUGGACAGCCAGGAGUUCCACGCUCACCGGACGGUGCUGGCGUGCACGAGCAAGAUGUUCGAGAUCCUCUUCCACCGCAACAGCCAGCAUUACACGCUGGACUUCCUCUCGCCAAAGACUUUCCAGCAGAUCCUGGAGUACGCCUACACCGCCACCCUGCAGGCAAAGGUCGAGGACCUGGACGACCUGCUGUACGCGGCCGAGAUCCUCGAAAUAGAGUACCUGGAGGAGCAGUGCCUGAAGAUCCUGGAGACCAUCCAGGCUUCCGAGGACAACGACGCCGAGGCCGCGGCGGCGGACGGCGGUGCUGAGGACGAGGAGGACAGGAAGCCGAGGUACCUCAAGAGCCUCUUCACCUCCAGGCAGCCCGGCGAGGAGGGCGCCUUCGCCAGCCAGAGCGCCGCGGCGGAGCAGAGCCCGGCCGCGUCCGCGUCCUUCGGGCUCUCCGCGAUGAGCCCCACCGAGGCCGCGGUGGACAGCCUGAUGAGCAUCGGGCAGUCGCUGCUGCAGGGCGCCCUGCAGCGGGGUGCCCCCCCCGAGGACGCGCGCCCCGCCGGCGCCCGCCGCCCCGGCCUCGCCGAGCCCCCGGCCGAGGCCAUGCAGGUGGAGGAGGCGCGCAGCCCCGCGGAGCCCGGCGCUCCCGCCGGCGACAAGCCGGACGACAGGAGCAGAGAGGGCCCCGGCACGCCGACCCGCGGCAGCGUCAUCACCAGCGCCCGCGACCUGCACUACGCCCGCGACGAGGGCGCGGAGCCGCCCGCCGAGGCCGCCGCGGGGCCGGAGCGUGCCGGCGAGCCCCUGGGCGUCUACGCCGUGCUGCCGAAGCACAAAACGGACUCGGUGCUCGGCGGGCCGCCCCCGGCGGCGGCCGCCCUCCACGUGCCGCCGGCGCUCGCCGUCUCCGUGGACUUCAGCGCCUACGGCGGGCUUCUGCCGCAGGGCUUCAUCCAGCGGGAGCUGUUCAGCAAGCUGGGGGAGCUGGCGGCGGGCAUGAAAGCGGAGAGCAGAGCCGGGGGCGAGCCGUGCAGCGUGUGCGGGGCCGAGCUGCCGGACAACGAGGCGGUGGAGCAGCACAGGAAGCUGCACAGCGGCAUGAAGACGUACGGAUGCGAGUUGUGCGGGAAGCGCUUUCUGGACAGCCUGCGACUGCGCAUGCACUUACUGGCUCACUCAGCGGGUGCCAAAGCGUUCGUCUGCGAUCAGUGCGGCGCGCAGUUCUCCAAAGAAGAUGCCCUGGAGACGCACAGGCAGACACAUACCGGUACGGACGUGGCCGUUUUCUGCCUGCUGUGCGGCAAGCGCUUCCAGACGCAGACGGCGCUGCAGCAGCACAUGGAGGUGCACGCCGGGGUGCGCAGCUACAUCUGCAGCGAGUGCAACCGCACCUUCCCCAGCCACACGGCCCUCAAGAGGCACCUGCGCUCCCACACAGGCGACCACCCCUACGAGUGCGAGUUCUGCGGCAGCUGCUUCCGGGACGAGAGCACGCUGAAGGGCCACAAGCGCAUCCACACCGGGGAGAAACCCUAUGAAUGCAACGGCUGCGGCAAGAAGUUCAGCCUGAAGCACCAGCUGGAGACCCACUACCGGGUGCACACAGGUGAGAAGCCCUUUGAGUGCAAGCUGUGCCACCAGCGCUCCCGCGAUUACUCGGCCAUGAUCAAACACCUUAGGACCCACAACGGCGCUUCCCCGUACCAGUGCACUAUCUGCCUGGAGUACUGCCCCAGCCUCUCCGCCAUGCAGAAGCACAUGAAGGGCCACAAGCCGGAGGAGAUCCCCACCGACUGGAGGAUAGAGAAGACCUAUCUCUACCUGUGCUACGUUUAAGGGACACGGCGGGGGCGUGGGUUUGAGUCACGCAGGACUGGGCAAAAAAAUGCAUCGUCCGGGGCCUUUUGUUUUUAUUUUCUGUUGUUGCUGUUACUGGGGGGGUUCUCUGCUGCCGCCGCGGCGGGGACGAGCGAGAAGGGCGCUGGCUGCGGGAGGAGAACGCGGUCUGCUGGGAGCCCAGGGCUGCGGGCUCGCGAGCGGUCCCUUCCCCACCAGAGCCUUCGCCCUCUGCCCCCCGCUGCCCGCUCGCCCGCGCUCCUGUGGCCUGCUGCACUUGCAGCCUUGCCUCUGGGGCAAGGUCGGAAAAACACGGAGCGCUUGAGCCCCGCGGCGGAGGCGUUCCCCCGACCCCGCCGUCCGUCCCCGGUCGCGGCCGGCGCCCUGGCCCUCUCUAGGAAGGACUGUAUCAGGAAGACCGCGCUGAUGGUGCGGUUCAUGCUGCAGCCCCAGAUCUUGCAAUGACCCAUGAUUUGCGAAGGCUUUAAUUUCUUCUUUCUGUUUUUAUUUCCCCCCUCCCCAUCACCGUAGGAAGGCUUUGGCGGAGCUGCCGAGAGCCCAGCUGCUGCAAGCAGCGCCUCUGCUCCGCUCCGCCCGCGGCAGCGGGUGCGCGGGAAGGCGCGCGGCGUGCCGCGGGGAGCUGCGCCCCGGGCCGCUCGCGCUCCCGGGCCGCCGCCGUGCGGAGUUUCCUGCCGGCGUUUGCAGCCCCGGGAGGAGAAGACGGGGAAGGGACGGGCGGGCGCCCUGGGAGACCGGGCGGCCGCCGUGCCCGCUCGUGCCCGCGCUCCUGCGCUGGGCGUCGUGACGCUGGUCGCGCUCCGCCGGCAGCGCCGCGGUCGUGGUGUUGCUGGUUGUGCUGCUAUAAUAAAGGCUGUUUCCGCAA